CUUAACUUCGAGUUGUCAAACAACUUUAAAAUUGGAGCCGGGGUUCAGUUGAUGAAGCCAUUGCGGUUUUGGGGUCCUGGAACUAAAAACGUCAGUUGUAAAACUUCAUCUGUUAUGAAUAAGGCUAACGUUACAUCUACAAUUUGCGCCUAAAUUAAACAAUGGAGAUGAAGCGUGUGAGCCAUCAGCAGGCCAGCCAGCUGCUGCACAACAAGUUUGUGGUGGUGCUGGGGGACUCCAUUCAGAGGGCUGUAUAUAAGGACCUUGUUCUGCUGUUGCAGAAGGAGAAGUUUCUCUCCAAUAAACAACUGAAGACCAAGGGAGAGAUGAGCUUUGAACAGGACUGCCUGGUGGAAGGUGGUUCGUUGAAUUUCAUGCAUAAUGGAACUGGGUACAAGGAGGUUCGCCAGUUCCAGUCCGCCCACCAUUUAGUCCGAUUCUACUUCGUCACACGGGUUUACUCUCCCUACAUGCAAAGCAUCUUUGAUGACUUGCGCAAUGGCAUGAAACCUGAUGUAAUCAUCUUCAACUCCUGUGUUUGGGAUAUUUCCAGAUACAACUCUACUUGGCUUGACAACUACAAGGAGAACCUGCACAUGUUUUUUGCGGAGCUGAAAGGGAUUGUGCCGAAGGAAACGCUGGUCAUAUGGAAUCUGACCAUGCCCUUAGGAAAGACGAUCAGAGGCGGUUUCCUGGUGCCAGAGAUUGAGCACAAGGCUUCUCAACUGCGUUAUGAUGUGAUUGAAGCCAACUUCUACAGCGGUACUCUGGCUGACGCCUAUGGGAUGGAUGUGUUGGACCUCCACUUCCAGUUCCGCUUUUCCCUACAACAUCGUACUGUGGAUGGAGUCCACUGGAAUGCCCUUGCCCACCGCAAGAUAACCUCUCUGCUGUUGGCGCACUCUGCACAGGCCUGGGGCGUUGUUAUGCCACUGGCUGUUGUGGAGCAUACUGAGGUUGCUGCUCAGCUGCCAGCCAGUGGGAAUUCCAAAGCUGCAAACCGACGCGCAUCAAGGAGAAACUACGGCUACAGAGAGGACUUUACUCGUGAUACCUGGCCUUGUAGUUUCUUGAACAACCCGCCGCCACCUGCAUAUCACCCACCACCCCAGCUCAGAAAUGGGUUCGACUACAGGCCGCCUCACCAUCAACAGAACGUGAUGAGGAGCCGACAUGUCAGACACCACUAUGCUCCGUACACCCACCCGAGACACGGUCAAUACGACCAUCAUGGCCGCUACUACUGAGGCAGGGAGUUUUUACAAGAUUCAGAUGUGGUCGAGUUCCACUAAUUAUUUACUGCAGUUUCACCUGCCGUACAUUGUUUCUCAACAGGCUUGUAACUAGGACGAAGUAUUAAUCCUCAAAUGAUUUAGUUCACUCACAUUUUAUUCAUUUCAGUGACAUAUUGGUAAUUUUUGUUCUAUUGUAAAUUAGUGGUAUUCUAGUUAAAUUCUUUUAGUUCUGGCAUCAAAAGGUUGAUUUUAAAUAUAUUUCUCAGCAUUUUAAUAUUAAUUCUGCACUUAAAAUGUGUGUCAGGUGCUGUGUUCUAUUAAAGUGGAUGCUAUGAUUUCAAAGGACUGUUUUUGACUUGAGCCUUCUGAUGCUUCUGUCCCACACGGAGCAAGCAUGGUACAAAGAUUUAAUUGACUUUAUGCCUGAUGUGUUCACGACUUUAAACAUUGUUGUGGCAAUAUGUGCAAUCAGAAAAGUGGCAGAGAAACUGCUUUAGCUUAGUUUGCCCGAGCCGAUUU